AUGCUAGAAGAGGUCUCCUGUUCAUGGGGCCUUGAUUUGGGACAAUUACAUGGAUUGCUCGGCUCUCUAUCUCAUCUGAAGGUUCUCGACUUCUCAGGAAUCCCCAUUCUCAAGGAUGUAUUGCCAUGGGAUGCUUUCAAGAAAAGCACAUCCCCAAUUACUACUCUAGCAAUUAAAGGGUUUGAGGAAUCUCCGGAUAUCCUCCGCCGUCUCGUAGCCUGGCCGGCUAAGUUAGAGCGGUUCUCGUUCACAGGAUGUGUUGGAGUGACCUCCCAGACCUGGAGCUUGUUUACUAUUGCAUCUAUCAUCUCUCCUCAUAAGACAACGCUACGAUCAAUUACUAUUGGCGCGCUACAAGAGGAGGGCCUUGCCAAUUUCGAUCUGACAGACUUCGAGAGUUUAGAGCAUCUUUGGCUAUCAGCUUGGGCCACCGGAUCCGCCGCCAACUACGAGACGAAUUUGCUUGCUCCGCGUCUCACGAAAUUCUACUGGUCAUUCACUGCUGAAGACCAACACGGAGAGAGCCUCCAUGAUUUUGGGGAAGAACAGGAGCGUUGGCUUGGCCGGUUUGCUGCCACAGCAAUUACACGGAAGUUACCUCUCCGAGAGAUUUAUAUCCACUAUGCUCCAGACAUACAUUUUUCUCCGGGAGCACCACCAGAAAUAUAUCCUUGGGACAGAAUGGAACAUAUCGCUAGAAAUAUUCAAGAUCAUGGGAUAAGCCUUUCGUGGGACAGUCCAAACCUAACCAGAGAAGGUUUUAAAGACUUGCUGAAGCCGAUCGAGUAUUUGGAUGAUUUGACGAGGACAUUUGGUUAUCCUGGUCACUAUCAACCAACAAUUACUAUUGAUGCCGAGAAACCUAAAAGUGUCAUUCAACGACUGCCAGGCACCGGCCCUGACGACAGAGGUUAUCUCGACGACGAUAGGACGUGGCUCGAGGCAAGAGAUGGCUCGCUCAUUAAAGAAUACAAGCAAACUCGCUCCUCUUUCAAGGACCAUGUCCGUGCCACUCAAUGGGAUAAUCUCCAACUCACAUACUUCAUCAGCUACGCAAUGUUCAACUACUUGUCCAUUCCGUUUCUCUUUAUUCGCCCCGACUUUACAAGUCGUGAACUGGAACCGCAUACUGAGGGUGGACAGAACUGGCGCGUUUUGGAAGUAACGUAUCCGGAUGGAUUUCCGACACACACUAAAGUUCAAAAGUUUUAUUUUGACGACAAGGAGUUUCUAUUGAGGAGAAUGGAUUAUGUUACCGAUGUUGCGAAAGGAGUAGCGGCUCACUAUUGCUGGGAUCACAAGAAUAUUGAUGGAUUGGUUUUUCCAACACUGAGACGCAUUGUGCGUAGAGAUGGAGAUGUUGCUGCACUCAAUGGGCCGUCAGGAUUUCUAAUUGAUUAUACCAACGUAGUAAUCCAUGAUAAGGCAGCUUAA